AUGGAUGUAAUAAAAGAUACUGUUAAUUCGUUGAUUGGUCGAAAACCGACCGGUCCCAAAGUUCGAUAUGCUGUUGUUGGAGCAGGAUCAAUUGCUCAAAGUGCUUUCAUGCCUGGCAUUCUACAGACAAAGAUGACUGUAUUAUGCAGUGAUGAUGCCGAAAAACGUGGUCUAUUAGCAAAGCAAUACAAUUUAAUACCAUAUUCAUAUGAUGAAUUUGGUAAAAUGUUAGACAAUCAUGAAUGUGAUGCUCUUUACAUUGCUACACCUAAUUUUCUUCAUAUAAAACAUGUUGUUCCUGCUCUUGAAAAAGGUUAUCACGUUUUAUGUGAAAAAUUAAUGGGAUGUAGCGUAGAAGAAUGUGAGGCUAUGAUAGCUGCUUCAAAGAAAAGUGGUGCCAAAUUAAUGAUUGCUUAUCGACUUCAUUGUGAUCCAGGAAAUUUAGAAGUACUCGAACGAGUACGAAAAGGAGAUUUUGGUGAUCCACGUAUUUUUAUAUCAAUGCAUACACAAAAUCUUCGACCAGAUAAUCAUCGUGCUAAAUAUGGAUUUGAUUGUGGCCCUGUUCCUGAUAUGGGUCCAUAUCCAAUUAAUGGUUCACGUACUAUGUUUGGAGAUGAACCUAUUGAAGUUCAAGCUAUGGGAUUAAAAAAUUCUGAACAUAAUUUACAAAUGGAAUAUGAUACAAUUGCUGUUAAUAUGAGAUUUCCUCGAGAGCGAGUAGCAUCAUUCGUUGUCGGAUAUUCAACAGUAUUAACUACCUUUUAUCGUAUUGUUGGUACACAAGGUGAAAUUAUCGUAGAUCCAGCAUUUAAUUUUGAUAAAGCUGUUUCAUAUACAACUCGAUUUGGUGAGGGUGGUGAAGAAGAAAAAAAGAAAAAUUUUCCGAAAGUCGAUCAAUUCGGUGGUGAAACUGAAUAUUUUUCAGAUUGUAUUUUGAGAAAUAUUGAACCUGAACCAAAUGGAGAAGAAGGUUUAUUGGAUGUACGUGUCGUUUAUGCUAUUAAACAAUCACUCGAAACAGGCAAGCCAGUUAAAUUAGAACCAUAUAAUCGACUUAGACGAGCUCAAAUGGAUCAAUUACGAUCUGUAUCAUUUGGUAAACCACCCAAACAAAAAGAUGUUAUUGGUCGUGAUUCUGAAAAGCCAGGUUCAGAUGCUACACCCGACACUCGUUAA